AUGCCCGCUUCAGGCGCAUCCAUUCGGAGUGCCUUCGCAGGGCUUCCCAUGACCCCUCCGGAGCCUGCUGACGGCGUCCUGGCCCCUGCCAAUCCGAUUCCAAAGGACGCCGCGUCUGUGGCUUCCGCCAUCCACGUUAUCUCCACGGAGCGCGCGGCCCUCGCGCAUCUGGAGCGUCUUUAUCAGACGGAUCAGCUGGCUCAGGAACACCUUUCUCGCGCGGUGGAUCAGAUCACAAGGACGGUUCGGGAUGGAGGGAAGCUGGUUGUUUGCGGGGUGGGCAAGAGUGGGAAGAUUGGUAAGAAGCUCGAGGCGACGAUGAACAGUUUGGGUAUAUACAGCACUUUUUUGCAUCCGACGGAGGCGUUGCAUGGGGAUUUGGGGAUGAUCAGGCCGAAUGACACCCUCCUCCUAAUCUCCUUCUCCGGCCGCACCCCAGAACUACUCCUCUUACUUCCUCAUAUACACCCGACAAUCACCAUCAUCGCACUCACAUCCCACCUUCACCCAUCUACAUGCCCGCUUCUAUCCUUCCAGCCUCUGGACAAGGGCAUUCUUCUUCCAGCGCCUAUUCAUGAAGACGAAGAAACCUCUAUAGGCGUGUGCGCGCCGACGUCCUCCACAACCGUCGCCCUGGCCCUCGGCGACGCCCUAGCUAUAGCUACAGCCCGCAAACUCCAUACCGCACCAGGCCGCGGGCCAGCGGAGGUCUUUAAGAGCUAUCACCCCGGCGGUGCAAUCGGGGGUGCAUCUACGGCCUCCACGCCGCUUAGCAUGAGCUCGUCCGGCGUCUCAUUCACAUCGAAUCCGUCCGACUUCCUCCCAGGACCAGUUCGCCAGCCCCAGCCUCAGCAUCAACACAACAGGAUAUCUUCUCUCCCAGACACUGAAGUCCCAGAUGCAGACCAAUCGCAGUCAGAGUCCGACGCAGAGCCAGAAGAGUCAAUCCCACCUCCAGACUCAAUCGCAAACAUGAUCACCGUCCCGCUCUCCCAAAUCCCAACCCUCUCCCCGUCACCCUCAACGGGUAAACCCCGCCUCCUCGACGUCCUCCUCACAGCAAUCCAGCACCCGGACGCAAGGUCAUGGGUGUUUGUCUCCCCCGACCUUCUCAUGGCCCCACGCCAGCUCCGCUACCUCUCUUCAAACGGCUACGUCGACAUGGACAUCUCAUCACUCAGCAGACCGUUCAUCGCGCACCGUGAAGACUGGACGUAUAUCACAGACGAGCACACCAUCGACGAAGCAAAGGAAUACUUCCCGUCCGAUGACCCGAGCCGCGGGAACGUCGUCGCCGUAGUCAGAGGCCAGGACUUUGAUAAUGUCCUUGGUGUAUUCGAGAUUGAGGACCUUUGGGAUAGCUGA